UGCGGAGCUGCGGCUGUCGGUCCCGAGUCAUCGGCUCCUCUUUAACGGCCCAGUGCUGGGCUCUGUGGGAAGGAAGGGCGUUCACCCCCCAGCCGUCCCUCUGAGGACUCCCAGUUAGCAGUGUGAGGAGCCGUGACUUGUGCUUCCAAAAGCUCCGACCCUGCCAAUAGAAAUACCCUUUUUUUUUUUUUUUAAUUUCUUGUUUUGAUGCACAGCAAGGACUCUUCUUGAAAGCCCUUUUCUAAGCAGAAUGUGUAUUUUAUGUAAUUUUACUGCUUACUCAGUACUGUUCCCUUUACUGGAACCUCCACGGUUCCAUCUUCCAUUCUUAUUGAUCUUGCUUUGUUCUGAUCUGAUGACCCUCAUUUACGUGACAGGCACAACUGGGCUGAAGAUUUGGCAUCUAAGUAGAUUGGGCUUUCCUAGGUGUCUUUCUGAAGCCCUGUAGCAUACCAACAAGAACCUGUGCGUGCUCUGCACAAACUGCAGUGUUUACUUUAUGGUCUAGAGACAUCUGAAGAGGCAGAUUGUCAGUGCAGUAUAUGUGAAGGCAAGUGGGGUCUGUGAAGAGAGAAUAUGGCUGCAAAUUAAGUGUGGAAGAAAGAACUGUGGAAACGAUGAGGAAAUGCCCACUGCUUUGACCUCAGUGAAUUCUGGAUGUCGGAGCUCCCUGAGGGGAUGGAAAAGGUCAUGUAGGAUGCACACCUGAGCUGAUUCUGCUGUCUUCUGCUGUCCUUCAGUCCACACAGUGUCAUUAGGAAGCAGCGUUACUGGAACCUGCAGGCCAAUGGAUGAACAGGACAAUGAUUUUAAAGAGUUGUGGGCAAAUCUUUUGGGUAAAGGGAAGAAAAAAUCUGGGGAUACUGAGGCAGCAAAGAGGGCUCAGAAAAGAUCAAAGAAUACUGCAGCAAAAAGCAGAGUAAGAAGAGGCAAAGCUGCUGCUAAGAGCCAAAACCAUCACCUCUUUCCAUCUGCAAAGCAAAAAAGCUUGCUUCAGGAUUUGGGUCCUAGGAUACAAACACUGGGGCACAAAGCAGACAGUGACACUGUGGCCUGCAGUAGUGGUGACACUUCAGAAGGGGAUGGAAGCAGAAGCCCUUUCCCUGCCAGCCAGCUGAGUUCCACAGCCAGUGACUGUAGCCAGGGGACUCUGACAGUAAAUAGUCGGAGUGGUUGCUCCCAAACAACGUUAUCUUUCCAUCCUGCUACACAGCCAGGGACCUGUUCCUCACCCACCUCAAAGAUUCCACCUCUCACAGGCUCCAAGGUGCGGGUGGCAGAGCUGGUAGUGGAGAGAAUGCAGCAGUUCAAGAGAGUGGCACCUGAUCAGCUAAAACACAGCACAGAUUGUAGCUUGCCAAAGUCCUUAACCAGCGGAGAUUUUGCUGGUGAAAGCCAAGAGCAGAACUCAGCAGAGAAUGAUCUCUGUGAUCUUCAGUGCAUGCAGCAUGACGGUGCUCUGGCUUUGGCCCUUCAGCAGGAAACACAGAAGGAUUCCCUGGAAAGCCUGGAGGAUGCAGGUUUGUUCUUCUGUCAGAUCUGCCAGAAGGAUCUCUCAGCUAUGAACUCAACGCGACGAGAGCAGCAUGUUAACAGGUGUCUGGAUGAGAUGGAAGAAGCACAGACGUCAUCCUCCAGCAAACCAGCAGUCCCUGAAUGUCCCAUCUGUGGGAAGCAAUUCCAAACCCCCCAAAGCCGAGUCAGUCACUUGAAACGCUGUGCUGUUGAGAUGGAUGUUCCUCCUCAGAUGCUUCUUCAGGCAGUGCAGAUGCAGGUGUCCACGCUUGGUGAGGCACCUCUUCAAUUUCCCAGCAAUCAACCAAGCAGGUCAAAGCGAAAAGUCUCCUCCAAAGAGGACUCGAAGAACAAGCAGAAGAGGGCAAAAAUGGAGACUAAGGAUGAAGAUUUGCUGGUUGCUAUGGCGAUGUCACGCUCUCUGUUGGAGCAAGAAAAGCAGGAACAAGCAAAAUCAGUUACAAAUGUGAAACCAGUGACUGCUUUGCCAAUCAGAUGGAAGCCAGGAUCAGAAAAAAGGCGACGUAGAAGAGGCCCAACUACCCCUCCUCCAUUACUGCUGCAGGAUCCAGCGAAGGUGCGCAGAAGGAUAGAAGAGAAGCUAGCUGUGCUGCUUGCACAAGAGGUGGAAUUCCCUCCCACUCCUCGGCUUCCCACCAGCAGGAUUUUGGAGGUUGAAUCUGGGAAAGCAGCCUGGCUCUUGCCAUUGCCCAAAAACAGGGACUGCUUUUUGUGGAAUUUCAGUGCUCUGACGGGACCCUGUGACCCUGAAUCAUUCUAUGCUGCUGGGUUAACCCCUCCAAUUGAACCUUGGAAGCCUGUGCAGAAUCAUAAACCAGAGGAUGCUCUGCCAUCAGCAGGAUCUGAUGAGCCAAAAGUAUCUCAGCAAAUUCAGCCUGACUUUGGUUCUCAUGAGUCUACUUGCAGAGAGAUUAGAGACCAAACCUGUGAUGAAUUCAAGUCAGGCCCUGAAGGAGAUGGGCAGAUUUUAUCUCACAGCCAGAAGGAUAUUCAGAACCUGCAGGAUCUAGUUGAAUUGGCCGGGGAAGGACUUACCCUUACUCAGUGGAACCUUGAUGUUGGCCAUACUCGUGCAGCAGAGCAGGCAGGAAAAGAACUGAGUUCCAGUGAUAUUCCAUGUACUGGUUUUGUCCCUUCACUUGAAGAGAAGAGAUUCCUGACACGCAGCUGUAAGAAAUCCUCCCUGAGGUCGCUGGCUGCAGAUUUCGGUGCAAUGGUCAACAACCCCCACUUAAGUGAUGUCCAGUUCCAGGUGGACUCUGGGGAAAUCCUUUAUGCCCACAUGUUUGUGCUGUAUGCACGGUGUCCGCAGGCCAUUCAGACUGUUCACAGUGAAGGGUUCUUAGUGGAGGAGGAUGGCAACGCGCAGAUGCGCCGUGUGCUGCUGAGUGAUGUGACAGGAGAGGCAGCCCGUGCUUUCCUGAGGUACCUGUAUGCUGCUGAUGCUGACAUCCCUGCUGAGGUGGUGCCCCAGGUGGGGGCUCUGGCUGCCAGGUUUGGUGUGAGGGAGCUGAUGGCAAACUGUGAAAAUAACACUGGAGAGAGUCAGAUGUCUUCUGGAGUGGAUUCAGAUUGUGAUCUGAUCUCUGUGACAGAUGACAAAGAUUGUGAGGACAGAGCAGAGAACUUCCAAGACCUCUUGAAGUCUAUGUGGGUGGGUGAAGACGAGGAAGAAGUAGCUGACCUCAACCAGGAAUGCCAGAAGGAGGAUGACAAUGCGGUGGGUGAACAGGAGCUGGAAGAAAUCUAUGAGUUUGCUGCAACUCAGAGAAGGAUGAUUCAAGGUAAAACAACACCGAGUGAAGGAACUGACUGCAGUGUGUGCAGUGAUACUGAGGCAGCCCAAGAGAUGAACCAACCAACUGAGGAGCAAGAGGUGAAGAGAUCUGUAUCUUCUUCAGUAAGCAGUAACUUCAAGGAUUUGAGGGAUAACAGUGAUGUGGAAACAUCUACAUGUGCCUUAUCUGCAGAAAAAGAGAGAAUGCAGGAUAUAAAUAGAUGCAGAAGCGUGAAUGCUACACAGAUCACUUCUGUGCCUCACCACAGAGAACCUCAAAAGAGGGAUGCAGCAUCCCGUGGUGCCACCACUGAUGAAGGGGAGACUGUAAGGAGAUGCGAAGGUGGAAAGGACUCCAGGUCAUCUCAGGCCUCACACGAUGUAAAAGGGGAAGAUCACUGUGAAAACGAGUUUCUUAGCUUUGCCAUUGAUACUAAUAUCAAUGACAGUUACGAACACUUAUUUUCUGCAACUCAGGGAGAUUACUGUGAGCCUUCCCCAACAAAAGAAGUUAGUAAAGUAUCAGAAGCUCUUGGUGAAAAACACGUUGAUGUCAAUGAUUUUCAUCUGCACAGCAAAACACAGAAAGACUUUUCUCCAUGUAAAAAUGGUUCUUACAGGAGUCCUCCUUCCAAAGCUUUUGUGCCUCUUUUUCCUGCUGUUGGAUCUUCACCUCUGUCUCCAAAAUCAGACAGAAAGCUUGUGAGAGAACAGAUGUCAACACCAAAACAAACAAAAAAAUCAUUCCCACCUGAUGAAAUUCUUUUUCAGAAGGCCAACGAGCUGGAGACUGCAUCUCCACCAGAGCUUCCCAACACUGAUUUAAACAAGCAUGUCCCAGUGUUGUCAGCACCAGUUAUCAGAACUCAGGAUCCUGCAGCUCAGGGGAGCAAGAAGGGUGAUGUUAUUGUUUUAUCUUCUGAUGAUGAAAUGGAGUUAGAAGACAAGAAGUCACCAGAGUCAGGCUCUGUUCAGAAGAAAGUGGAAAGCCCUGAGCAACUGAAAUGUGCAAAUAGAGGAUGUGGUCCUGAAAUACCAAAACCUGAACACAACACAUCAGUUGCUGAAACAGAGCAGAGAUCACUGCAGAUCUCACACCUCGUUACAGAUAAGGCACACGUAAGUAAUGAUGUGAAGAUGUCCACUGAGUUGCCUCCCAGCAGCCACACAGAUGCUUGUACAGAGGGUGAGCAGAGCCCAAACCUGAGCCCAGAGAAAAUGCUCAGUCACGAAGUGUCUUCAGGUACUGACAGCUCCUGGCUGGUGCCUGACACACCAGUUCUGACCAAAAGCAGAAGUUCCUCAACACAGACCCACGUCACAGGUAGUAACUCUUCCAGAAGUCCAGAAUCUAAAGUCAGCACAAAAAGCCUAACAGCUGAUAGUAGUAACCGUGAAAUGGACAGAAGUGUAAGUGUUCAUCAAGCAGCAUUGUCAGACAAAGAUUUGCCUGUGGAGAACUGUGUCAGUGAAAGAAAUCCUUCCAGCAGCCCAGAAGCAGGGUCAGUUUUUGAGAAAUCUGCACCGCUUUCUUCAGCGGAUCCAGUUCUCGCCCUUGCUCACACCAGCUCACAAAGCAAAUGUGAUAAUACCUCAUUUUUGUCCAAAUCUGUGCCUCCAUGCCAUGGGAAGUCAAUGGAAGAUAAAUCAAACGUCAGCGUGGUUGAGAUACAGGACAGUGAGGGGGAGAAGGAAAUAAGUAUAGUGUCUUUGAGCAGUAGUGUCUUGCUUGCUGAUGAGCCUGCAAUUCCUGCUGAUGACUGCUGGCACAGUAAGUAUCUGUCACCAGUCAGAGCUAACAGCCAGGACUCCAGACAGAAUGGCCAUGCAAACACCAGCGCAGCCAGCAGCCCCCAAACUGACCUUGUGUGUGAGCAGUGGGAGAGCCCAGACCAAGCGUGGGAAAUUAAGGGCAGUACUCCUCUUCAAGGAGCUCCUGUUGGCAGAAGAACAACUUUGCUCCGUCUUGAAAAGAGUCCCAUUGAGGCAUGUACACCACGGGGCAGCAGAGCAAGUUACCUGAACUCCAAACUCUGGGAUGAGUGGGAUGGAGAAGAGGAGGAAGAUGAAUUUCCAGAGGUGCUUCCUCUGUCACAGAGGGUAUCAGCAGCAGCAGGUGCAGAUCCUAUAAAGACUCCUGAACCUGCAUGUCAAGAGAACAACAAUUCUCCCAGCACUCCAGUGACACCAAUGCCAUCUUACUCCAUGAUGGAGACACCACAGCUGAAGGAGGAGUUGAAAAGAUUUGGAGUUCGUGCUCUCCCAAAACGCCAGAUGGUGUUGAAACUGAAAGAGAUAUUCCAGUAUACUCACCGGGAUGGGGACUCUGACUUUGAGGAUGAAGUCCCCUCCUCCCAGCCUCCCCAGAAGUCCCCUGCCAAACGCUGUAGGCAGUCAAAGGCAGCUCAGACUACAGGUGGAAAGAGUCCCAAAGCCUCGAAGUCUGUGAGCAAAAGGAAGCAGGUUGCAACAGGUUCUUCAGUGCUCCCUGUAGGAAGGAGAGAGGAUGACCUUGUCGGACCCUCUAAAAAAGGCUGUGCAGCACCCAAGCAGAGAAAUGAAAUGAUACAUCAUCCAGAAGGAAACAGAGAGCAGAACAGGUCAGCUGCAUCUCCAGAAGGAUGGUCUCUGGGAGCUGAAGGUGAGGAACCAAUGCUCUCUGCAUCUCAGAAGUCUACAGUUUCUUCGGGGGAUGGAAGCGAUGUCUCCUUCAGUUCACAGAGUUCUUAUGUGAAGGAAUUGGAGGCCUAUGCAUUUGCAUCUGAAGAGGAGGAAGAAGAACUUCCAGCAUCCCAGGCAGCAGCUCGGGAAGAAGAAAAACUGGAGGCAGUGAGGUGCUACAUCCGCUCAAACCCAACCCUGUACGACAGGAUUCUCUUCUAUGAGCCCAUUGAGCUGGCUGACCUGCACGCAGAAUUGAAACUGAACGGCAUUAAGAUUUCCAAGGCAAAGCUGCUGGACUUCUUAGAUGCUCAGUGCAUCACCUUUACCACGGCUGGAGCCCGGAAAGAGAAGGAACAGAAGAGAAAGGGGAGCAAAAAAAAGAGGAAACGAUACUGAAUGGAUGCCACUCCUCUAUCCUGAAAAUUUCCUUCACAGAGGCCUUCCUCCUAAGGUGGAAACCCUGUGCCAGGCUGCUCCUGGUGGAGCUGGUGUGAUCGGUGGGUGCACUGCUCCUCCUUGUGGCCUGCUGUCCAGAUGACACGCUGGAAAACGGAUCUGAACUGAGCUCCUGCUCUCAGCUUUCCUCUGAGCUGCACAAAAUCCUCUUUCAGGAGCCUUUUUAUGUUCCCUGACUUUCAUCCUGUGCAUUCUCUUGUCUUUCCAUUUUAGUAGUUUUAGAUCCCCAGCUUCUCUUCUUGUUGGUGCUUCUGAGAUGGCUGCUUCCUCCAGUGGUCCUUGCCACGGUCCUUGCCCUGGCCUUGGCCUGAACCCUUUUUGUUCCAAUAUUGAGUGGAAUAACCCAUGUGUGUUUCAUAAGUGGCUGCAAAACGGUGCAGGUGUUUUUGUGCUCUGUUUGUGGUGGCUGCAUCACCAUAGAAGCCAUUGAGGUUUGAACGUUCAGUUGUGUGCAUUCACUUUGCUGAGAUUGGUGCUAAAGAAAUUACCAGCUCCAUUUUCUGAGUACUGUUUCACUGUGUCAUUGUAGCUUGACUAUGUGACAUUUGUGACCAAUGGAUCUCUCAAGCAAUUCUCACACCCUGAUCUAAAGCCUCUUUGUGGAUCUGUCUUGUCAUUUCCAAACUGGACCAAUAUUUGGUUGGAAACUGUCUGGGACUCUUGGGGAAGUCUUGGACACUAAAUAGUCAUCUUAUUUAUUAACUUCUACCACACCUUUGGAUUUUUCUCUGUUCUGGCAGGUCUGAGUCUGCUGAGUCUCACUCACCAAAAUAGACAUAACAGUUAAAAAGAAAAAGCUUGAUUUCUGAAUGUAUUUAUGUAUUUGGAACAUACUUUUUUAUUUUAUUAUUUGAUACAGCACUGCCUUGGUUUUAUUUGAUUUCUAUACAAUAAACAAUUUGGAAGGAAAUAAUGCUAAGCUAUAAGUAAUGUCUUCUGAGGGACUUUAGGGAUGGUUCUAAGCAGAAACACUGGGUCUGGUUGAGAGCAGGAGGAGCUGUGCACUCCGUGCCUGUGCUGAUCAAAACCUGAGCAAAAAAACUGGAGGAGGAGCAUUUGUGCCAGGUGCCCUGCAGCACAGAGAGGUGGAAUGGGAGAGAUCAGCCUGCACUGAUGGAUGGUGGAUUGGUGACCUGGAGGGAGAUGAGCUGCACAGGGCGUCAGGAACGCGUGGUCCAAA